CUCAACUGAUGCCCUCGUUAGCUGUUGGGGCUGGACCCACCACUUAUCCACGUAAGCGCGGGACCCACCACUUGUCUAUUCGCGGGACCCACCUCCUCGCAGCUAGAAGAGACGAGCGCCCGUGCGCGUCCGCCCGCCGCCGCCCAUUCAUCCCCUUUCCCCAAUCUUUCUCUUCUCCGGCGACCUAGCGCAAAUGUCUACCUCCUCCGCCACACACUCAAAAUGGCGACGGUAUGGACCAGUGCUGCUCACAAGGUGCCCUGACUGCCCACGCCCAGACCCUCUUAAAUGGUUGGUCACUAAGAGGGAUGACAAUGGCAAUCUUGGGCGGGAAUUUGUGAAAUGCUUGAGCAAACCAAUAGCAGGAAGGGAUGGCAAGAUCUUGAAGAAAUGUUACCAUUUCGAGUGGAUUGAUGAAUAUGUUGAUAGGAUUCAGUUUGAGGGCUACGUUGAUUCGAGCGUGGCCGCAACCUGGGAGCUCAAUUUGGGCGGGGUGCCGCCGAUUGCUGUGGAGAAUACGGGGAGCUCGGGCGGAGGGGCGGGUAGAGUCGUGCCGAUGGCGAUGUAUGCGCGCAAUGCUGAACUGCAUGCGGAGUCUGAACUGACCGAGGAACUGAAGAAGAUCAAGAAACAUCUAAUGCAGAUGAUCGAUUUGCAGAAGCAAGCAACCAUAGUAGCAUAA